AAAUGAUGGGAAUUUCAGCUUCCGGUUGUGCUGUUGCUUUUUUUUAAAAAAACCUUUCUUCCUCCUCCUCGUGCUUGCAUUGAUGGUCUAAAUGGGUAUUGUGGGUAUAGAAAUGAGCCAAAGCCGGAACGAGCGGAGGUUAAAGGAUCUGCUACAACUUUUAAACUUUAAGAAUCCCGGGGAAACAGCAUAAAGACUAUUUUUUUUAAAACUUACUCAUUUUGAAGUAAUCACUCUGUUCACGAUUCAAAAUGCCUUAAAUACAUGGGCAAGAAUGCUAAACUGGAAAGAAAAACGGACAUUGGAAUUCCUCGCUGAAUUGCGUCCUAGGGACUACUGAUUGCAAACAUGGUGUUACAAAAUAUAUUGACUGAAAAUUAUAUCUUUAUCCCGGUACUUCUCCGGUAAUCUUUGCAUUAAAGUACAUGUCUAGUCAACUGCUUUGCCUUAAUCCUACUUACAUGUCACCAUGAUUAAAAUAUUGAGGUUUGCAUUACAUGUAAUUUUGCAAAUUUCUUCUGUGAGUUUAUGUGCAUGAAGGCAGCAAAACACAUAUGCACUAGGAUUUGCAAACCUGGUAAUCCUUUGUAUACAUUUUGUUUGUCGCCAUAAAAUCUUUGCUGAGAAUAUUACUUAUUAUAUAUACAUACUUUUAAAAAGAGACUAAAAGGGAAUACCGCGACGCUUUAAAGCGGUGAUUUCACGAAAACCAACCUAUUUCUGUGGAAAAAAUACCUCUGGGUUAUGCUUUGUCCGGCGCUUGGACAUGUUGUGCUUUUAAUGUUAUUCUGAUUGAAAACAUCGAAAAUGAAAUGUAUCUUUAAUCUAGAGAUUUUCUGCAUACAACAUUUUUCGCCACUUUGGAUUGUAAAUGUAUAACUGAUUUUCGAGAUCGAGAAUGAAUUCCCUUUGUUUCUGCCUUGCUGCCCUCGAACCCAACAACGGCAUGUUUGGAAAUGGCUUACCUUCUGCGCUUUAAAAUCGACAAAAGUGUUUCCGUGCAUAUUAGAUCUCAGAAGCUCUUCAACGAUAGCUAUAAAUAAGCAACCUGUGUUUAAUACACCAUAUAUUUUCUUAAUCUUGUUGUUUCAUUAAGGACUGCCUUGCCGAGCACGUUGUUGCAGUAUGUAGACCCCCGCCUUCUGAAUCGGUUACGUUACGACCCUCUAGUCCAUCCUAAUUCUGCUGCUGCCAGUCGAAUUGAAUGUCGAACUUUCAAAGGAAGUGGCCUACAACUCCAAUAAGAGCCCAGAAAAUAAAUUAUUUUCCUCCAAAUUUACUUUUUCUCAUGUUGCUUUGAGCAAUGCAGUUGUGUUUAUUUGAUUUAAAUAAACGCGUUUUAAGCAUUAGUAAUGAAAACGAAAUCACCAAGGGUCUGCCCACAAGUCCCAGUAAUCUUGUUGCCAACAUGUUGUCUUGUUUCUGUUUCUUAGAAGACACUUUCAGCAAUCUGCAUUAAAAACCCUGGGCAAAGUUUAAAUCUGUAUGGAAUUGUGAAUUCAACCCGGAAAAAACAAACUAUACUUACCAGUAAAUACUCUCUGAAACUACGGAAAUGGUUUGCACUGCUUUCCCACAAUUUACUCAAAGUGGAAAUAAUUUCAUAUUUUAAUUCCAAAUCUGCAUCUCCAUAAGCACAUGGCAGAUUUAGAAAUAAGGUUGAAAUUUGUUUUAAUCAUAAUCAACAACUUUGUUUUUGUAAUUGCUGGUUAUUGCACAACCACAAGGUAAUUGUACUCCAAAUUGCGUCUUUUAAAAAUGCAAUUACGUUUGAAUUUUAUAACCUGAUUAGGAUUUUCAAUGAUAACAAGCUACGCUUUUGCAAUACUACAAAUAGAAAUAUAAUUUCAGUCAUUGUUUUCAUCUGUUAGCAUAGCAAAAUUGCAUAGCAAAACUACUUGUAAGUUUUAUAAAACAUUUUUCAGUUCAUGUACGGCAACAUCGCAUUGUUAGUUAAAAACUAUUUCAAUCCAUUGAAGUACUUGCAUCCCCUAACUUGAUUGGUGAAUGCAGGUUUCUAAAGAAACAUUUCAGUUUUUAAAUAGACAACAGAGAACAUGUUGAAUCCUCACCAGAUUUACUAUUUAUGAUAUUAUCUACUUCUGACCAAGUGACUAGAGCUAUUUCUUAUGUAAUUUAACCGAUUUAUACUACAUUCAAAUUUGAGUCAAGCUAAACCAUGAUCUUGUUUUAUUUUUAUUAUGAUCGCUUGGUUUACCAGAAAAGUCUAAAUUUCUACUUUAUUUCUCUUGCUGCCUAUUACUUGAAUAUUGAUACUUGCAAGGGAGGAAUAUAGUCCCUCUUUAGCUGCUUUUCUUGCUUAACUAUUAUCAGUAAGAAAGGGCGUCCUUUCUUUUUAGCAGAAUGCACACUCUUAUGGUCUGUCGAGAACAAAGCCUCCCCAGCCCCCCUUUGCAUGUUCAAUGCUUUGCAAAUUUAGAAAGGCUGCAUUGAGUUCGGGAUAGGUCAGGGGGCAGGAGAGGGGUAGAAAGGUCAACACAUUUUGAUUAUGGGUCAGUAGACAAUUGGCAUACAGUCUAUAUGCAAGUAAAAUAGAAUAAAUUCCUGUUGGAAAUCCAUCCUGGACCAUUGAAAUCACAGUUGCCAUUUAGUUUUCAACUAACUAAAAAUUACUUUUUGGCAGGUUUUCACUGAUAAAGUGGUAACAAAAAACUGCUAAAUUCCUGAUGAAUUCGCAGAAAAACAAAGCAAUAUGUAAAUAUUCGGGGCAACUGAUACAUUUAUAAAGUGUCACUUUUCACAGUGUUUAUAUUUUAUCACAGAGUGAUGCAGCAUCACACGCAGUAAGACAAGUUGUUUUUGUAACAAUAUGCCAUUCCAGCCGACCCUCUUACAAUACUUUUUAAGUAAACAGGAUUGGUGAAAACUUAGAUGUCUCUGGGAAAAAAUAUACAAUAUUAACCUGCAUGUUGGUGCCAUACAGUUUGAAUAGUUCUCAUGUACUAACCCACAAAUGUUCUCUGUAUUCUAUGCAAUAUUAAAAUGUUCUUUACUAUUAAUUGUGAAUUUACAGAUUGUUCUGAUUUGAUUAUUAGUCGGGACUUUUUGCCCAGAGAUAAAGAAGUCUCCUUACUUCGCUAAACUGUAUAAUUAAAAUGUUCGCUUUUCCAUCUUAUCAAUGUUAUAAAUUGUGAUUGUCUAAUCUUGUAAACUGUAGUAUAUGCUAAAUAUCGUACUUUCUUAAGUACAGCUUUCAAUGAUACAGCUGAUUUCAUGGUUGUAACAUGCUUGUUUUGAUUAAUAUUUUUUUUGACUAAGGAGGGAAGCAAGAAGUCAUUCUGCAAGUGUGUGAGUUGUGCCUCUUUCUGCUCAUGGAGAGUAAGUAAAAGAUUGAGGCCUCUGAUGAAAAAAAUAACCAUUACAUUAUACGAACUUAAACAGGCUACGAUGCUUUUAUUUAUUUCGGGGUAAAAUUGAUAAAUAGGAUUUGUUGACAAGUCAGAUCCAAGCUAUUAAUAAAUUAUUUCAUCCAAACACAGAUGAGAGUUGGAGUAUAAAAUAAGCUUAUGACGCUCUACUGUCCGUAGUAGUUUAGAAAUAGAUCUAUUUAAUCAGAGCAACUGUAUUUAUCGCAUAAAUAUGAAACACUUCCAAAUUCCAUUUUGUGAGUGAAAAUCACGUUUGAUUAUUUACACUGCUGCUGGAAUAUUUAUCUCAUUUGUCAGUUUUAUUUAUGUAAGCAGUUUCUACUUCUCUUUUGUCCCGACGUGCAGACAAAAAAAAAUUAGUAAGAGUGGGUUUGGGGUUGCAGGAUAUCUGAGUAAAGUAAAUUCAUGCCUCAAAAUUAUCUAAUGUUGCUACUCCCAAUUAUAUUUAUUCGCACUGUAAGUUUAAUGUAUCAAAAGGGGAAUCAUAUGUUUCUCUGGGAAUCACCUACUAUUGUAAUUAGAACAAUCAUUGUUGUUCUAUGAAGGAUGCUGCUGUCGCUGGGAUCAAAUCAUUUACAAUGGUCUUAGAUUUGAUUAAAAUGACAGGCAGCCACCUUGCUGUGCUAUCUCGCUGUUAUCAAUUCAGACAUCUCGACGUUGGAUAAAAAUACAUAAAACCCCUGUGUGUGGUAAUAUAAAUACAUUGGUGUGUAUCCCUUAUAUUCAAGGAUUUUUACUCCUGCUCUUCUAUGAUGUAUGUUGGUAGCUAGUGACAAAAAACAGCUCGCCACAUAAAUCCAUCCGGAGGCAACCUGCCUCUCGUGUGUUUAUAGAAGGGCCUCGAAAAGCCUCUCUUCAGAUUCAACCCCUUGUUCCUAAAUAGCCUGGGAUAUACGACGUUCAGUGAUGUGCAAGAGCGACCUGUCAUUUUCUGUCAAAUAUUGAUGAUGAAAAAAAAACUGAUGACAGAAUUAAACCGCAAAAAAUGGUCGUAUAAAAUGCAAGUAAUGACAGUAAUUGUUUAGUAAUUUUAUGAAUUAUACACAGAAAUUAUUAAAUAUGCCUUCGUUGUUAUCAUUUUAGCAUAUACAUGAGUUCCCCAAAUGCCUUGCGUGCCCCACAUGGACGGCCAUUACACGUUUGCCCUUAUGGUCCCCAUAAUCCAGUUUUAUACAUUACAUCAGCUAGCAUAAAUUUAAAGCGAUUUGAUGAUUAUUCCAUUGUACUGUCUGUGUAGAAUAUUAAACAAUGGCAAAAGCCAUAUGUGCGUAGGAUUGCCUCUACAUUUUCUGUUGAGUCUUGUAACACAUCGUGCAAAUCCUAAUCAAGAAUUCCUUUAAGAAUGAUCAAUAUAUGUUUAUGGUGAUGAAGGCCGAACUGUAAGGAUGACCUAUACUUGGACGAGGCACAACUAUUGUGAUUGACUCUCUGUUUUGACACAUUUUAUGAUACUGUGAACCUAAGAAUUCAUACAAACUAAGAACCGUUUAAGCGGAAGGCUAAUAAAGAAGCAUUAAAGAUCUGCUUGUCGUCAGCAAUAAUGGCAAUGAUGCGUUGUCUAGUGCAUUGACCAUUAAAUGAAGUUUGAUUGUAGAAAUAACUAGCUUCCUUUCAUCGCUUCACUAACCCAUCGCCCCUUUCUGCAGUUUAGUACUGUUGCGCUGCAAAUAACGCUUCUGUUCUGUCUAAUAUAAACUGGGUCACACUAUUUUUUCAGACUUUCUGUUAGAUAGCUUCUAAGUUUGUGUAGACUUUCCAUGGCGAUCUAUAAUGUGCAGUAUUCAGCUUUGCACUUUGAGAAUAGUAGUGGUAGUUUUGCAUAACGUUUCCUAUAUACCGAGUCAAAGCGCUCAAAUGCCGUACAAGAUUUUUACACGCUGCUUGUAAUCGACUGCCUUUAUGCUUAAACUGCCUGGUCAGAAGAGCUUCAAAAAGAUUAAGUUAUUAAGAUAUUCAAUCACUGUUCUGAGUUGCUUUUUCUUCAUUAUGGUAAAACGUAAAGUUUAACGUUGUUGCGGACGUCUUCAUGGCAGUUUCCAGAUACCUGCUUCUCCGAUAGCGAGGUGGCCAUUGUGAAAACGGAUGUCUAUGAAAAACAUAAAGUCCGUGUGAUUCACCCAGCCUGUUUCCAACCAGUGGAGGGGAGAAACUUGUAAUCUGUCUUUAAUUUAUUAUCAUAUGUUUAGUUACGUGAGACAUACAUGUUAUGAUACCAAGUUUAUACAUCCUUGAUGUAGAUGAUAUGCUAAUCUGCCGUGUGAACUGCGAGGAAGUUCACUAGUCUCAUUCAGUGAAAGGAGACUGUUGCAAUACCAUUUUUAUCACAUGGAGAUCUUUGUAUGUGUGUGAGAAGAAAUGCUAGCGUGCAUUUAAAAGUACAAUUUUCUUCCUUCGGAAAAGUAAAGCGAAUUUAAAAUUAGUAUUUUUAAUACGUAUAUUCUGCAAUGCCUCUCGACUACGGCAAUCAGAAAGUUCCAGCUAACACCAGGUUGUCUGUUAUCGGCUUAAUUCUAUGGGCGCAGUUUUUUACGUCUUGAAGAAUGAGAAAAUAAGCCUAGUUGUAGACGCUCGUCCAGCAUUAAUAUCAUACGCUGUGCCCAAGCAAGAUUGCUAAUUCAGUCUGCAAACAGCAUUUUAACAGGAAAAUGUUAUAUAUGCGAUUAUGUACUUUGGAAUUCUGUUCUAUACUGAAUACGUAGAUGUUUGAUUCCUUACAAAUUGUUAAACACGUGUUGAUAAAUGCUGAAAGCAAAUAUGGGAUAAAUAAACAUUCAAUGUGUCUAAGAACAACAUUCAAUCUUGAGCUGUCUUUAGUACAAACUCUAUGCUGAAUAUGGAAAGAUAAUUUUCUCCUUAAGGAUAAAAUGCAGUUUAUAUUAAAAUGCAAAAUGUUAUUAAUAUCUUUCUCAUGGAAUAUAACUGGAACUUUUUGACUUAAAGAAUGCCCCCGAAAGCGUAUGUGAGGUUGCCUUUCUUCAAAUAAAUACAAUGUGCGCAUCAAAUAUUUUGCAUCUAUAGCACUGACCUAAAAAAAGUGGAAAGUCGAGGGUAAAACUAUAAAGCGCAUGCUCCUUUUGUAUACAAUUAUAUCUGCGAUAUCGGAAGGCAGAAGAAAUAAAUGUAUAAAAUAAACCAGGUAGCUUGCGGCUGCUAAAGCGCUUUUUUUGGAUGAUGUUUUGUCGGGGGAGGGGAGGGUGGGCGAUGGGAUGUGGGAGGGGGUUGGGGGAGGUGGUGUGUGUAUAUUAAAGAUUUGCAUACUAACUGUAUUUACUUCAGCAAGAGGGUGGGAGUAUAAGGGUAUGCUAAUUAGUGGGGGAUUUUUGGGAGGGGGUGGAAUAUCAAUUUUUAUUGCAUCACCUGUCAGUGACAUCCAAUCAGAGCUGGCUUUAGGGGAAUUAAUUGAUGAAGGUGUCUCCCGGCGAACUCACUUCACUCUGUCAUCUUAUUUGUGGGAGAAGCAGCGGCGGGAAUAGCAGCUGCAUUUUUUCUCUCUCUCCUUCCAUUCUGUCUUGUACAGUACAUCCAUGAGUAUUUGGGAAAAUUAAAGAGUGCAGGUACAACAAUACGCAUCUAUAACUUGAAAAUUAAGCUUCAUAUAAAGAACACGUGAUAUCGCUUUUUUUAAAAACAAUGAAAAUAUACCAUGUUAUGUAUUGAAUAUCUCCCAAAGUUUUUUUUUUGAUCAGCUGAAUCAGAAACAGUAAUAAUAUGUGUUUUUAAACAGGAUGCCAUGAGGAAUGUCGAAUUCCGCAGUCGAUGUUUUUGUCCAGCGAAUGUGGGACAAAAUUCAGGUAGCGAGAUGGGAGACUUGGAAUCGGGUUAUGAAGAAGUGGAUGGUGUGAGACUUGGCUAUCUUAUAAUUAAGGGAAAACAAAUGUUUGCGCUUUCCCAAGUAUUUACAAAUCUGCUGAAAAACAUACCCAGGACAACAGUGCACAAAAGGAUGGACCAUCUUAACGUGAAGAAACAUCAUUGCGAUUUGGAAGAAUUAAGAAAACUCAAGGCAAUAAAUUCUAUUGCUUUUCAUGCAGCUAAAUGCACUCUCAUUUCACGGGAGGACGUUGAAGCCCUGUACACUUCGUGCAAAACUGAACGGGUUCUUAAGACUAAGAGGAGAAAAAUAAACGGGACAUUGUUAUCAACCGAACUCAACCAGGAGAAAACCCCUACUGAUCGCUGCGCGAGUAUUUUGAAAGAGAACAAAGUUUGGUUGACUUUGAAUGGAAACCCCCAGCCUCUGGCUGGAAUGAACAGGGCUUUGCGAGGAGACGGCAGUUCGCUACCGGCCUCCAAUCUACCUCAAUUCUACAGUAAAUUUACCAGCCACAGUUACACUGAAAUGAUCCGAUCACAUUGCAAAAUCCCCCAAAACUACGAAACUGCGGAAAUAUCGAGCAACUGUGUAGCAUUUCACACCAAUCACUCCUUAUUUCGGAGCAUGAUUUGCAGGCAUCCAGUGUUUUACCAAUCCGCCAUCGCCUAUUACCCUAAGUCUCCAAACGCUACCGGCUUGACGUAUUACUUCAGGCGCAAAAGUUCGUGUGAAAUCACUCAAAAACAUUUAGGGAGUUCAAGCACCGCCAAGCGAGUCUUGCUGGCGGCAGCUGCUCCUAAAUCUUGCAAAGCGAAAGGAGACUCCGAGUGCCUGAAUACAUUUCACGUUGCCAACGGACUGCAGUGCAACCAGGGGCCCUCGCAGGAAAGCUGCAGCAGCGAUUCAGAGUCGAGCUCUUUUUCGGGUCGCGCAGAUAACGACUCGGACUUUGGGUCAAGUUUGUCGAGUUCCAGCAACUCGGCUUCUUCCGACGAAGAGGACGACUCGGUGUCUGACUCUUCCGACGUGAGCUCGGCCAGUGACGAAGAUACUUCGUCCGAAUCUGAUUCCAGCUCCGUCUCCAGCCAAGUUUCUGUUCAAAGCAUACGAUUCAGGCGCACCAGUUUCUCGAGCAUCUGCAGCAAACCUCUCGUCUUAACGCAGCCGAGUUUCCACUACCAGUUCCAAGCGAAAAGCAAUAAUGUCGUGUAUGAAACAGCCAGUACCGAUCUCCUGGAAGGAAGAACUUCCCAUUGUAAUUUAAAGUCCGCGACUAUUGUUAAGAGAAACGAGCAGAACUGGACUAUUAAGGCGCAUAACGUAUGCUGCUCAACUGGCUAUGGAAGUUGCCUUGCCGAGAUAAACAAUGAUAGAAUAUCUGAGUUUGCAUUCCCGCAUUCCGAAAUUUCCCAUUAUCUAAAGAGGACUGAAUCGACAAUUAACUGUGCGAAAGAAGGGGGCCCUGCGCCUACUAACCCAAAGGGAAACACCGAGUUUCCACAACAAAGAACAUUAACAGAAUCAAAUAAAUGCCUUGGAGCAUCUAUAGCACACUGUGCAGAAGAAAACAAGGUGACAAUAGUUUCCGAGCCUGCAGACAAUGAUUCUUCAUUAGCAGCAAAUGCAGAGAUAGAACCGAAUACCGGCAAUUUCAUCGCACUGUCCUCAACCUUCCAGAGUGUAAACACGGACAGAAGUCAGGGCCCCGCCGUCCGCAUCCACAGCGACAAUGCACACAUGGGGAAAGCAGUUAUGCACAAUAUUACAGUAAAAUUAGAAGAAAAUAGCUGUGACGAAGAGUAUGAAUAUGUGCCCCAACAGCCUAGAAAGAAACUCAAGUAUGCGUGCAAUGUAUCGAAGCGAGCAGAGGCCACUUUAAGAGAAAAUAAAAUACGAGACUGUUUUUCGACAAAAGCAAAGGAAAGCCAUGUGUGCACUGAAACGGCCACCUCUUCCCAAAACGCUUCCAGACCAAGAGAAGACCUUCAACGCACUUUAAACAUUCCAGUAUUAGAGGACUGCGAAUUCCGAAAUGGUGCAAGAAUAAGAAGGAAUUACAGGACUUUAGUGUUGGGGAAACAGCACACUUUGCAAAACUCGUCAGUAAAAACAAUUGUGAAAUCAGAGAAUCCGCGUCUUACAGGUAAAACAGAUGUGCAUGAAGGAACACUAGAAGAAUUUGCUGGUUCAAAUAAACGUAAACGCAUAGCCAAUGGUGUAGCAUCCACGGUGAAAAGGCCAUUUAAUUUCAUGGCAAAUUUUCCCUCUCCACCGUCACUAAUUAUUGGCAACGAUGGGGAUUUGUGCCCUGCGUAUUCACUGAACUCUACUAAGGAUCCCGAAGCACCUCAGAAGGCCCAUCCCGUGUGGAAAUGGCAGAUGGGUGGUGCUGUAAUACCUCUCCCGCCUAGCCAUAAAUUCAGACGAUUUAACUUAUGAAAGAGAUAUUUUGGAUAAGGAGGCUUCUGUCUGUGCAAAUUUAUAUUAAAAAGUACUUUCCUGUUUUCUUUGUAAUGAGCCAUGACCGGAUAUUAAGUCUCGACAUACAACAAAUUUUCAUAUUGGAAUAUUGUUUAAAGACAUAAACCCCUUCGUGUGGAUUAUUCUUUUAAUUGACCAAACACUGCUAUCUACUGACCGAGGCAUUCCACACUACACUUUCUGAAAUACUAAUGUCACUUUGAGAUUGUUUAACGGUGGUUUUCAAGCAAUUUAAUCAACAUUGUUUCAAUAUUCGAAUUAUAAGUCAGUCCCUCCACAAGGUUACUGCACACUGUACGUCAGAAGUCGACAUAGUGAAAUGUUAGAAAUGAGCCAUUAAAUUUAUGCACUACAGUUUUAAAUCGCAAAUGACUUGAUGUUUUGCCUGAAUGAUUGAUUAUUACUGUAUUGGAUUCAUGGCAAAUUAUGAAUGUGUGUUUAACUUAAAAAAGAAAAAAAAUGUACUUUCAUCUGACUCAAUAUGGCCGUCAUUCUAUAUAAAAUAUGCUUUUAUCUUGAAAGAGUCCAUAUCAUUGAUGUUUAGAUAGAUAAGCGCAAGCAGGUUACUGAUUUCAAUGCUUUGUUGUCUUUAGUUCUUAAAUGUAAAAUAAUUGUUUUCAAUGUUCAUUAUUGGAACUGUGAGAAUAGCUACAAAAUUAGCCCUAGCUGUAGUGCUUGUCUAUCAUAAGUGUUUCAUCUAACUUCGUACAGACUUACACAGAAGUAACUAAGAUAAAACAAGCAUUAAAAAACUGAUUAGAGAAUGAAUACAAAGCAGAAUCAAUCAACAGUCAAGGAUUUUUAGUUUUGAUGACCAUUACAUUUUAGCAUUUAAUUUGAAAACAAGGAAUAAAUAAUACAGGCACAUGGCUCACCAUGUAACUUCCAGUUUGAAGACUUUACACAAGAGCAAGAAACUAAACUCAUUCUGCUUGUGAUGCAGGUAGCAUAGGUUCAACAAACAUACCAGGAAUGCUGCAACUGACAAUCAGUCAUCCAGAUUUACAUUUACACAAAAAGACAGAAGCUCAAAAAAAUGCAAACUGCAUUACAAAGAAAUGGGUGAGAUAUUGUUUAUUAAUGUAGUCAGGAGUUUGCUUACUCCAUAAAGUCUAGAGUGUUUGCACUGUUAGUAUUAUAUAAUUUAGACUUGCUUUGAAAAUAAUCGUAAGUAAUUUAGAUGUAGCUGAAAUACAUUUGAUUAAUUUUUCUAGAAUCUAAUAAGUUAUUAUUUACACAUUG